CGCCAAACGACUAUGUGCUUUGUGCGAACAGUUUAAAAAAACAACAUGAUUAUUUUGUUUUUUAUUUUUUUAUUGUUUUGUGGUCACGCACAUCCCCUAACUGCCCACAAGCCACAAGCAGACACAUUCCUAGAUUCGUUGGCGCACAAACUGAAGCUGGAAAAGUGGGAGAAAGAUGAAGCGCCGUGUUUGGAAAGUGCUUUAAAUGUUUUGGAAAACGUGAAGAAUCACACUUUGUGGGCGACAUGGAUUUGGAAUGCCAAUUCAUUACCAUCAGGUAAUUACUAUGGAUCCUCCAGACACUACGCAAGUUACGACCAAUGUCUAAAACCACCAUGGUUGCACACCCAUCCACAAUUGAAAACGAAGUACUGCUUCGCCGACUUCCUACUUUCUGAUGACAACCAUCAUGUUAAAAGAUUAGCUGAUCAUGACCCUUAUGGGUCUACUGGGGAGUUUAUUAACUCAGUAACACCAUCAGGCAUGCCUGUGAAUCACAUCAUGUGGGGUGUAUGUAUACCAGCAGUCUGCUCAUCAUCAGCAGUCUCCAAGCUGAGCAGGGUGGUGUAUGAGGCUGCCACCUUCAGCACCAUAGCCUCUGAAGUCACGGUGAAACACUGCCAGGAGGCUGGGGAGAGCCUGCCAUACUCCACUGGGUUUUAUAUCUUUAUAGUAUUGAUACUGUCGCUGGUAAUAACUGCUGUAGCUUCUACCUACUAUCGUCUGCAUGUGUCUGAGGAUGAAUCCUCGCAUAAUUUAAUAACAGUCAUAACAAGAUCCUUCAACAUCUUCAAGAACCAAGAAGACUUAGUAAAAGUCAAUAAGGAUGAGAUUCGUGCGAUGAACGGCAUGAGAUUCCUUACUGCAGUCAUUAUUGUAGGCAUACAUGUGAUGUUCUACAUGUCCAUAUCUGGUAUAGGCAAUUUAAUGGAUGUUGAUGCGUUUUUGGAAAGCGUUGGCGGACUACUUCUUCACUUUGAUCUCUUUGUAGAUACAUUCUUCACUAUAUCUGGACUACUGCAUAUCAAGGGAUUAAUGGGAAAAAGGCAGAAUCUACUUAAUGUGCUUCUGAAACGGUACAUCAGGUUAAUAGGACCAUUCGCGCUAAUAGUCUUCUACUUAAUAUCAGUAUCCAAGCAUUUUAGCUCGACUCCAGCCUGGCUAGGAUUGGAGGAAACAGAAGUUUGCGAACAGCACUGGCUGAAGAGUUUACUCAUGAUGAAUUUAGACGUGAAACACAUUUGUCAUGAUGUGACUUGGUAUUUAGCCUGUGAUUACCAGCUAGCAAUCUUGGGGACUCUACUCUUCUACUUCUAUCAAAGGAACAGGAGUUUCGGAUUUGUCUCUUACGCAAUUGUUGCAGUCUUGUCCAUGAUCAUUCCUGGUGUGCUGACAUACUUGUUCCAAUUACCUGGGGUUCUUUUUAAGGAUUAUGGAAAGUACGUGAUCCACUACCGUGAGGCUUGGGAGCACAGCUUAGUCUACACACCGGCCUUCAGCCGUGCUAGUCCAUACAUCGUUGGUGUCGCUAUGGGAUACCUCAUGUCCAUCUAUAAACCUGCUGAUUAUAGAAAAUCUGUUUCUAAAACAUGGUCCAUGAUUGGCGUUGCAGUGUGUUUUAUUCUGAUGAUAGUCACAAUGGCCCUCGCUUACAUACUCAGAAUACGAGGACAUGACCCCAUAGAUGCUACCAUCACUGCAGCCACUAAUAGGAUCUUCUGGGCUGUGGCUAUCUGCUGCAUUAUAGGGCUGUGUGAAUAUGGAACUAUUCCUAUAGUCUCCCAUAUCCUGGGUUGGCCCGUGUUCACGCCUCUUAGUCGACUUUCGUACGGCAUUUACAUGACACAUUCCCUCGUCAUACAGAGAUACAAGCUUGCACAAAGGUCGGCUCAUCUCUUCGAUUUCUUUUGCUUGAUUUACGACGUUGUAGGGACUGUGGGGAUAUCAAUAGGACUAAGUUACGCAAUGUGGCUGUUUGUGGAGGCGCCACUGAUCAACAUCACCAACCAUUUCUUCUUCAACAGGUCAAAGAACGUGCAACCAGAUAAAAAUCCUGGUGAGAAUGGAAUCCAGCAUCAGAAUGGAGUUACUAGGACUAAAAUUAUGUUAAAUGGAAUCCUACCAGACAAAAGUCAUGACGAGAAUGGAAUCCAACAUCACAAUGGAGUAGCUAAAACCAAAGUUUCAUAAUAUGUAAUAACUUUUUAAAUUGUUAUUAAAGUUGUGUAUAAAAUAAAAUAUAAUGUAUAGAAAUUACAAUUUAGUUUAAUAGAAACAUGUUAAUAAUACGAAUAUUUUUUGUGAAUAUUACGUCGUUUUU